AAUUCGAUAUUUAAUUGAUGCCAAAGACACACGGCAGCCUCUAGCUAGUCUAGUUCUUGGCUAGUAUUUCUUUUCAUCUCUCCCGAUUGUUUGCUCGCCUUCCUUGGUAGCUGCUGCUGGUCACAUUACAAUCAUCCAUAUUGAUGCAUGCGUGCGUGCGUGCUAGUUUGUUUUAGGGGAUUGGAUUGCAGCAUAUGCAUCACUAGACAUAUAUAUAAAAUCGAAUUCAUCACAAGUAAGCUAAGGUUUUCUUAGAGGAUCGGAGAGCGGGAGGGGCACACAAUACCCAACUGCAUGCUGCCGUUUUUUGGAGCUCCAUUAUUACCAUGAUUCUGCUGCACACAAGGCAUGAGGACGAUGCCCUUGCCCAGUUGCCCUUGGUGGUUGGUAAUCCAAAUAAACCACCAUCUGCUGCCAAGCAGGAUGAGGUUGUUCAUAAUAAUCACAUGGACAACGUCGUCGUCGUUACCACUAAAUCAUCUGAUGACGACGACGACGACGCCAUCUGGAUACCGCCUGAUCAGGAGGCAGCUGCAGACAGCAUGGAAUUGGAAGAUGAUGAUGAGCAUGAGCCCACCACCUGUUACGAUGCCAGAACCAGAGCCGGAGGUAGUACAUCCCACUGCACAUCAGAUGAGGAUGACGAAUCCGACGAUGAUGAUGAUGCUACCAGCAGCAGUAUCAGGUGGUGCCAUGAUCAGUCCGCCAACAAUGCCGCCGACAGGGAGGAGCGGCAGAAAGCCAUGCUGAGAGCCAUGAACGGGCAACUCAGGAUGCUCGCCGCUCGCUUUCUAGAGUCGGCUGGCAUUGGCAUUGGCAUUGGCAUUGACACCACCACCAGCAACAGCCGCUGCUGGCUUGACAUUGUCACCUCCCUCUCCUGGGAAGCUGCCCUUGUGAUCAAGCCUGAUGUUGGCACUGCUGUAGGCAACCAAAUGGACCCUUCCUCUUACAUCAAGGUUAAGUGCCUAGCAUCUGGUACACCCCGCCAAUGCGAGGUCGUCAAGGGCUUAGUCUUCAGGAAGAAUGUGGCUCAUAAGCACAUGCUCACCAAGUGUCACAAUCCCAGGCUGCUGCUGCUUAGCGGAGUCCUCGGCCAUUCCCAUGUUGGCUUCUCAUCAUUCAGUUCCAUAGAGCAGGAAAAAGAGCAUCUGGAAAAAUCUGUCUGCAAAAUGAUGGAGAUUUGCCGCCCAAAUGUCAUCAUGGUCGAGAAAACGGUUUCACGAGACAUACAGGAGCUUCUUCUCAGGGAAGGUGUCACUCUAGUGCUUGACAUGAAGCUCAACCGCCUGCAGAGGGCUGCUCGCUAUUCCGGCGCUCCCAUACUCUCGUUUACAGAGGUUCUCAGCAGGCCAAAGCUGAAGCAGUGUGACUACUUCCACGUUGAAAAAGAGACGGAGGAGCACAACAACCUUACCUGCAGCAGCACUGGGGUUGGAAAGAGGCCAUCUAAAACAUUAAUGUUCCUGGAAGGCUUUCACAAGCCACUGGGAUGCACGAUAUUGCUAAGGGGAGCAAAUACUGAAGAACUGAAGAAAAUCAAGCAAGUCAUGAACUACACAGUGUUUGCAGCAUACCGCCUCGUUCUUGAGACGUCCUUCUUCGAAGAUCAGAGACUGAUCUUGAGCAAUAAGAAUUCUUCCAAAGAAGAAGUUUCUGUCACUAGGAAGGCGGGACCACCGUCACUAGGAUCAGUACAGGAAUCUACUGAUGGGGUGCCAGUUACCAUUUCUUCUACAAAUUUCAAUGCUCUAAAUUCACUCGAGAAGAACUUCUCUAAUGAGCUCCGAGAGGGUUCAGUAAUAUAUUAUGAUUCUAAUCAAGCACUCCCUUCUGAAGGACUCGCAUCAGCAGUCCCAGAAUCAUCCAGAAGAUUUAUUGAUAUAUUCCAUUAUCAUAAUAUUUAUUUACCGGUCACUGCUUCUCAAGAGGCAACUGAUCAUCAGAUAGAAGGCAGGCCUCGAUACAAUGAAGGCCUGGCAAGUAACAGUAUCCGUAUCAGCCCAAACGUUGGAGUAGCAAUUGGUUCUGGCGAGAAUGUGGAUCAUUUAAACGAUCCUCAGGAACAGGCACCCUCUGAAACCAAUCAACCAAUGCCAUUGGAUGACCCUUCGGUUAGGGAAAAACAUGAGCAGUCAUUGGAAAAUAUUAAACACAGCACCAGUUACAAUAACGGAGACAAGACAUCUGAUAUAGAUGAGGUGGAUGAUGUCUUGGAGUCUCAGAGCAUACUUAUUUUGCUGUCCAGCCAGUGUAUCACAAAACAGGUUAUCUGCGAGCAGAGCCGUCUAUCCCGUAUAAGAUACUACGGAAAUUUUGAUGUUUCCUUAGGACGCUAUUUGCAAGACAUUUUGCAGAAGCAGAAUCUCAGCUGUUCCUCAUGUGGAGAGCCUCCAGAGGCUCACAUGUAUUCCUACACUCACCGCAACGGGAAUCUGACUGUUCUUGUGAAGCACUUGCUGCCUAAAUAUUGUUUACCUGGUGAAUCAGAAGGAAAGAUUUGGAUGUGGACUAGAUGUCUAAGAUGUGAACAUGAAAAUGGGAUCUCCAGAUCAUCACGAAGGGUGAUAAUGUCAACUGAAGCACACUACCUUUCAUUUGGGAAGUUCCUUGAACUCAGUUUUUCAAGCCACUCAACUGCUAGAAGGCUGUCAAUAUGCGGGCAUUCACUCAAUAGGGAUUGUCUGCGCUUUUUUGGGCUGGGCUCCAAAGUUGCAAUGUUCCAGUAUUCCUCAGUCAAAGUUUACAAUGCCUGCAAACCACAGCCUACUCUUGAGUUUCACAAUCCCAAUAUGCAUGAGUGGUAUGGGCAAGAGGUAAGAAACGUUCUUGCCACAGGAGUUACACUUUUCUCUGAAGUCACAAGCGUACUACAGAAGCUGAAGGAUCAGUUUCCUGAGCUGGCAAUCUAUUGUGGUGCCUUCUUUCCUGUUAAAGACUUUUCCCAGCUUGAAGAGAUGUUGAUUAAAGAGAAGGCUGAGUUCAUGGAUUCUCUAGCAAAGGCUGUUGAUCAAAAUAGGGAAUCAAGCUGUGUGGAUGAUAUCCUCAAUGUAAAUUGGCUCUAUCAGGAUCUUCUGCUGGAACUUUAUGUGUGGGACCACCGGCUGCAUCAACUUCUAGACUGUACAUCUGCUGAAAAUGCAAUAGUGGGAAAUGGCACCUCUGAAUUUACAGGUGACCAAACUGCAGUAGUUGCUGAAGCAGGUGGGAUCGGUGAGCGCAUGAGCAGCAAAGCAUCCUUUGCGAAUAGAUGUAUCGAGCAAGAGAAGUUCAGUGAACCAGGGACGUACAGACAUGCAUCAACCUUGCUUGAUGAUGCAUGGAAUAAGCAUUACAAUGAUCAGCAUAGCACAAAAGUGCCAUCUUCUGGGACCUCAAAUUGCUUGGGCGUUCAGAGCAAUAUUCCGCAACGGUGUGACGGGAGAAAAUGGGUUUGGAACCCACUGAAUGAGUCCAGAUUGGCUUACAGGCAGGAAGUGGAAGCUGGAUGUUUGGAAAGGUUUCAAGUUGUUAACCACUACUGUCCAACUCAUUUAUCUCCCUUACACAAACACAGACAAUCUGCCGAGGAGAUGGGCUCUCCACAUUUCACAGUAGGUCCAGGUGGCAGUAUCCUGUGCGUAUCAGAGGAUGAGAUAUCAAGUAUAAUAUCCCGAGCUCUUGCUAUAUCUGAGGAACGUCGCCACUUACUGAUGGAUGCUAUCGCUGAGAUUGAACCAGCAGAUAUCAGGGGUAGAGAGUAUGCUAAAACAAUGGAGAAGUCUUACAGCUCGGUAUCUGAAAGUUCCUCUGCUGCUUUGUCCUGGUCGUCGUCGUUUGGAUCUUCAGAUUCUGAGGCAAGCAUUUCAUCUGACGACCUGUCCAGCUAUGAUAGCUCACUUCUAUCAUCCUCUCUCCAUCCAGAAAUAUCUGUCAACGGGAGAAUAGCUCUCAAAGGGAAGUACUCAGUCAUCUGUGUACACUCUAACCAGUUCUACAACCUCCGAAAGAAAUGCUGUCCAUCGGAGCUUGCAUAUAUUACUUCCUUGAGCCGUUGCAAGAAGUGGGAUGCUCAAGGCGGAAAGAGCAAGGCAUUCUUUGCAAAAACAAUGGAUGACAGACUCAUCAUAAAGCAAAUAAAGAAGACAGAGUUUGAGUCCUUCAUCAAAUUUGCGCCUGAUUACUUCAAGCAUGUUAACCAUUCUCUGGACACGGGAAGCCAAACUUGCCUUGCCAAAAUCUUAGGAAUAUAUCAGGUCAAGCAAAUAAGACAUGGCAAGGAGAUUAAGAUGGAUCUGAUGGUGAUGGAAAACAUCCUGUUUGGACACAAUGUGUCACGUACAUAUGAUCUGAAAGGCGCCAUAUUUUCGCGAUAUGUCUCAGACUCAAAUGACCAUGGCACCGUCUACUUGGACCAAAACUUUGUGGAUGACAUGCGUGUUUCUCCAAUCUAUAUUUGUGGAAGAGCAAAGCAUCUCUUAGAAAGGGCAAUCUGGAAUGACACGUCUUUUCUCACGUCGAUCAAUGUUAUGGACUACUCUUUGCUGGUUGGAGUGGACAGGCAGAAGCAUGAGCUCGUAUUUGGCAUCAUCGACUACCUGAGGCAGUAUACAUGGGACAAGCAGCUGGAGACAAUGGUGAAAGCGUCUCUGGUGGUGCCCAAGAAUGAAUUGCCAACGGUGAUUUCCCCCAGGGAUUACAAGAAGAGAUUCAGGAAAUUCAUGAGCAAGCACUUCCUGACAGUUCCAGAUGACUGGAGCACGGAGAAUCCACCGUCGGUGUCCUGCAAGUCCUGUGCUCACGCCGGCAACACCACCAAGUUGCCGGGAGUGGUCGAUGAAAAGCCUCAGCAUCCAAGCCCAAUCCUGUCGUGCGCUUAAUUCUCUUCACAUCAAAAACCAAUUUCUUCUGGCUCAUUCUUGAAGGUUGUACAUACAUACAUAGCAGAAGAAGCUGUCAAAGUUUUCAGCUUAUAGAUUAGGCAAAACUUGUUGGAGCCACAAUGUGCUGAGGUCAAUGACCACGGCGCAUGUCUAUGUGUCUGUUUAUCUGUUAUAGUACCAUGCCAAGAGUGCCGGACCGGGCAACAUUGACUCUAGGCGCCUGGCUUUAUUCCUUGCAUGACAGCAUACCGUUCGCACUUAGCAGCCAUGGGCCAUGGCAGCGUUACACGCAGCUUUGGAAAAAUGCUGUAGCAUCUGGUACGCCAACAGAGCAGGCUGUAGCUUUCGAGCAGUGCACAUGAUAAAUUCCCAGGCCAGCAGUCGAAUAUGUAGGAUAAGCAUAGACACCACAGCAAAUCAACCUUCCUAAUAAGGAAUUGAAUUCUGAUACUGGAGACUAAUAUCACAAAUGGAAGGAGGAAAAGAUGCUAUAAGAAGUUCCAAUUUACUAGUCUAUGACCAACCUCACCACACACGCAUGAGUACAUAUAUAAUUCUCUCUUCAAGAAGUGAAGAAACUA